AUGAUAGCUUUAUGUGAGCAGUUAAAUGAUAGGCAUUAUGAAUUAUUAGCUUUAGCAGAUGAAAAUCAACAUGCUGUUAAUGAUUAUGCUACUAGAGGACAAGUAUAUGUUUAUCAACAAGAUCAUCAAGAUAUCGGAAUUGCAGUUGGGUUAUUAACGAGACCCAAUACAUAUGAAUUAGUUAAUUUAGCAGUUGAUCCACAUUUUCAAAAUCAAGGUAUAGGGAAAUUAUUAAUUGACCAUAUGAUUAAUGAAGCGAGAAAUUUACAUUGUCAUACAAUAACUGUAGGAACAGGUAACUCAGGUAUAGGGCAGUUGAAACUUUAUCAACAAGCUGGAUUUAGAAUGAAAUCAAUAGAUAUUGAUUAUUUUGUUAAGUAUUACGAAGAACCUAUCUUUGAGAAUGAUAUACAAUGCAAAGAUAUGGUGAGAUUAGAAAUGGAAUUGUAA